UAUAUCGCGUCCUCGCCACCCCCACCUCUCUCGCCCUCUCUUUCCCCUCGCACAAUCGCGGCGUCGGCGGCUGCGGCGGAACCUCCCCGGCGAUCACCGGACUCACCCCGGCAGGCAAAGCAAUGAGGAGGUACAGUCCCCAAUACCGGAGUCCCCCAAGGAGGGGAUAUGGUGGCAGAGGUAGAAGUCCCCCAAGGAGGGGAUAUGGAGGACGGAGGGAGCAGGGUUCAGGAAGCCUCUUGGUCCGCAACAUCCCAUUGAGCUGCAGGCCGGAGGAUCUACGGGUUCCUUUUGAAAGGUUUGGUCCUGUUCGGGAUGUGUACCUGCCAAAGGAUUAUUACACCAGGGAGCCCCGAGGGUUUGCAUUUGUGGAGUUUGUUGACCCUUAUGAUGCCUCUGAUGCACAAUAUCACUUGAACCACACAGUAUUUUUUGGCCGAGAGAUAACUGUUGUUGUUGCUGCCGAGUCACGGAAAAGGCCAGAUGAUAUGCGUAAUAGGGCUAGAAUCAGGGGGUAUUCUGGUGAACCUGAAAGGCGUCAUUCCCGUUAUGGGAGGUCUCGUUCCCGUUCAUGUUCCUACUCUCCUCGCUAUCGGGGCCGUCCUCGGUCAAGGUCAAGGUCAAGGUCAUACUCUCCUGCUCCAAGACGGCGAGAUGACUACUCUGCUUCCCCGCCAAGAUCACAUCACACACAGUCUCCUAGGCGUCUGCCAAAAGGACAUGAAGAAGACGAGCGGAGAUCCUAUUCUCCUGCUGGUAGAGGUGGCGGCGAGCGUGAUGCCAAUACUAAUGGAAAGAGGUCACCACCAUCUGACAUUGACGGAUCACCUCCACGCAUCCGGAGGUCACCCAGGCAAUCCUCAGGAUCACCCGUGGGGUCGCGCUCAAGGUCCCCUGAAGCUUCUCCUGCCCGCAGCGACUGAUGAAAUUGGUGCCUCCCAUAUUGCCGCGUCUCCCACAGUGGCGCGGCCAUGUACUCUAUCUCUAGCUUCAUUGUCUGAGUAAAACCCAUCUGGGAUGUGUUGGCUAGUGUUGCGGUGCCUCUUUAGUUAGCAGAUAUGACUGGUUGGCUGUUCUUUUGCUGCUUGGUGUUGUUGAACCUUGUACCAUGGUAGUGUUUUAAUGUGAACUGAGCCACAAUUGUGUUUGGAUUUGUGAUUUUAAAUGCAUUUUGAAUGCCUUUAACUUGCUC